UAACCAUGACUGAAUUUUGGAAGUCAAAUCCAAGAAAGUUUUGUGACUUUUGCAAGUGUUGGUAUGCAGAUAACAAAUCGAGUAAGGAGUUUCAUGAGAGAGGGAAGCGACACAAGGAGAAUGUGGAGGUCAAGAUUGCAGAACUGCGGAAGAAAGGGCAGAAGCAAUAUGAAACCAACCAGAAACUUGAUGGCUACCUCAAACAGAUGGAGGAGGAUGCUUUGAAAGCUUUCAAGAAGGACGUUGAAUCGAAUCCUGACCUGAUGCCAGAGUACAAGGUGGCUCUCGUGGAACACAGAGUAAAACAACAGGAAGGGGACCCAACAGCUCUACAGGGGAGCAGAUACCAGCCAGGCCCGUCAGGGGGGACGUCAGCGGGGAUGUCAGGUACCACGGAGACCAUGCCCUCGUCAGAUACCCAGGAGACCACACCCUCGUCUUCAGCCACACCCAGCACUGAGACGCAGGAAUGGGUGAAAGCAGUUAGCCCAGAGGGACACACUUACUACUGGAACACCAAGACAGCAGAGACCCAGUGGGAAAAACCAGCAAACUUCACCUCAUCAAAAGACAAAAGUUCUUCAAAAGGAAAGGCUGGAGAGAAGACAGAUUCUGAUUCCGAUGAAGACAGUGAGGAUGGGGAGGAUGCAAAGAGCAAGUCGAGAGGAACCAAAAGAACGACUGAUCAUGCGUAUGGUGGAUGGUCAUCUGUUUCCACUGGACCUGAGGAAGUGCCUGACCUUCAACUGCCUGAAGCCAACCCACUUUACAUGAGCUCCUACGUACCCCAGGCUGUACAGUACGAACCGAGAGAAAAACUGAAAAUACAAGAGAAGGUGGUCGGGAGUAUCAAGGCGAGCUCAAGGGAAGCACCGGGGAGUGCGUCUUUUAAGAAGAGGAAAGGAGGCCAAAGACAAAUCCGCUCUAGGGAUACCUCCUCGUGAUGUGACUCUGCCUCAUUGGACUCUGUCACGGAAAAUGUCAGAGAAGAGAUUUUGUUGCAUGUGUUGUCUGACCUCCAACUGCCCGAGAGCCAAUCCUCUUUACAUGAGGCUGUCCAGUACGAACCGAGAGAACCAACUACGAACCAAGUGAUGUAACUAUGCCCCAGUGGACUCCAGAAACAAUGUCAGAUUUUGUUGUGUGUGUUAAACAGUGUGAUAUUCUGAGAAGAGAGGGGUAUGUUGGCAUUUCUUCUUGAAGCAUUCCGGCCUCACAACGAUGGAAGUUUCUCACUGGCUAUGUGAACAGGUCGAUCCAUGUAGUAAAGCCAAUGGGAAUGAGAGAAUUCAAAACCGGUAGUCAACAGGUUAACAACACUUGCGCUGCUCCACAGAAGUGUCAUGGAGGAAAUUCUUCUUCUUUUUCUUCUUCUUCUUCUUCCUCCUCUUCCUCUUCUUCUUCUCCUUCUUCUUUUUCUUUUUUUUCUUUUUCU